CCUCACUGCCUACAGACAAGGGGACUGAGGAGGGCUGUCUUACGCUAGAGAGACGCAAGAGCUGGAGGCCCCAGGGGCCUACUCGUUCGUUUAGCAAAUACUGAACGAGUCACUCUGUCUCGAUUUCCCCACCUGAAGAAAUCAGGUAUAACAGUACCCUCCGCGGAGUGGAGGUGAGGCAUCAGUGAGGUUAUUUAGUAAAGGAAAGCCUUUAACAGCGCCUGGCGGGUAUAGUGCUUAGUAAGUGUUAGCACGGUUAUUGAUUCAAAAAACAUUAAUCGGUUACUGAUUCAAAAAAACAUUAGACACCUGGUAGAUGCUAGGAACUGUGCCCACGGGGGAUGUACCGGUUCGAACCCCGGUCUUCCCCGGCGCGAAAGGAAACUUGCCGCCUACAGCCAGCUGCGGUUUCAGACGGAAGCACGUGGGUGGACUCUGCCCCGCAUCCGCGGUCCCCCUCUUCUGGGCCUGCGCGCUAGCGUAUUAAGGACCCUGAGAAAGGAGAGCACCCCGAGAGCUCCGCGUGGACCGGGGGACGCUCCUCCUCGUCCCGACUCCUGUCCCUUCUCCCCCACUCGGUAAUUUCCACCCUGUCGCUUUAAGGAGUCUCUCGCCGCGGCGCGUUGGGAAGCCCGGAUGCGGCUCUCUGAUUGGGCGGGGCGGCUCGGUGACUUCACUCCGGGUACAAAAGGGCCCGGGUGGCGGGCGCCGGGGCAGAGCGUCCUAGCAGUGUCACGGCGUGGGUUGGCCUGAGGGGAGAAGCGUGAGCGAGCGCGUUGCCCGGAGUGCACCUGCUACCUGUACUGCCCAGCCAGGGAGUCCCCCCCGCCCUCGCCCCCGCCGUCGAGCCGCCAUGGAAGUGCAGAAGGAGGCGCAGCGCAUCAUGACUCUGUCGGUGUGGAAGAUGUACCAUUCGCGCAUGCAGCGCGGUGGCCUGCGGCUGCACCGGAGUCUGCAGCUAUCGCUGGUCAUGCGCAGCGCCCGAGAGCUCUACCUCUCAGCCAAGGUGGAAGCCCACGAGCCCGAGGUGCCCUUGUCCCCCGUUCGCUCCCCUGAUCCUCGCCUGCACCAGUCGCGGGAAUCGGAAGCUGUAGCCGAGGCAGCGCCCCCCGACGGUGAGCAGCCCUCUCCGGAGCCCAUGGACACGCGGGAGGCGCCGCGAGCCGAGGAGACCCCAGCCCGCUGUGCCCCGCGCCCCACUACAAAAGUCAGCCGAAAGCGGCGGAACAGCAGCCUGAGUGACGGCGGGGACGUCGGACUGGCCCCAAGCAAGAAAGCCCGUCUUGAAGAAGAGCAGGAGGAAGGAGCCUCUUCGGAGGUCCCUGAUCGCCUGCAGCCACCUCCCGCGCAAGCCGAGGGCGCCUUCCCCAACCUGGCGCGCGUCCUCCAGAGGCGCUUCUCGGGCCUCCUGAACUGCAGCCCCGCCGCCCCCCCGACGGCGCCGCCGGCGUGCGAGGCGAAGCCGGCCUGCCGCCCGGCGGACAACAUGCUGAACGUUCUCGUGCGGGCCGUGGUGGCCUUCUGAGGGUCCCCGAGCGGCGCUACCGGAGCCCAGAGCGCGGGCCGAACCGUCGGCCGGAGUGCGCAGACCCGAGGCGAGGCCCACCCCCGGGGGAGGGCCCGCCGAAACCGUGGAGAGGAGCUGCCGCCCGGGCUGCUGAGAGGCCUGAAGAGGGACUCUGCCCCCGGGGAGCCGUCGCCGCCUCUGUGCAGCGGCCGCGCCGAGGAGCCUGAGCCGGGAGCGCGAGCGCCUUCCGCCGAGAGCUGCUGCGCCCACAGGUGCUGUCUAAACGGACUGGGACGUGGACCUUUCCCUCUCCUUCUGGGACUGGGAGCAGGGAGGCUUGGUUCUUGAAACUCCUCAGGGUCGGACUUUUAUUUUUUACUGGGAGCUGUGCUGCCCUUUUCAAGGUUUUUCAAUAGUUGGUGUUUGCAUUUCCAAUCUCAGAGAAUUCCAGGCAGGCGCUCCCCUUCCCCCACCCGUGGCAUACUUGUGCAAGCGGUCAUCGUUGCGUCAUGGGGCAGACGUGGGGAGCUUCCUGUUGCCUUGCGUGGGUGUGGGGCCUGGGAGGAGGGUCUGGGGUGUGGACCGCCCUGGGGAAUGGGAGGAGGGCGUCCUGAGUCACCUCGCCCCGCUUGCUGCGGGUUUGUGCCCCGCGCCCCUGCGCCUUCGGCUGAAUAGCGGGGGGAAGGGUGGGGGGCUGAUCUAAUUUCAGGUUACAGUUUUUCUCACCUGGUGCGUUGGAGGUGGGAAAUGGUCACAGUCUCAAGCGUGACCAUCCCUCAGACACACAGACACAACCCAGACGAUCCUGGUCUGAAUCACAAAAAUUGGUGGGGGUGUUUAGAGCGCUGUAAGGCUGAGCUGGGACCAGUUGCUGGUGGGACUGGGCCAGUGUGGGGAGGGGAAGGUUCUUGCCAGGGCGUUCUGAGGCCUGUUUACCUUUACUGUGGUGGAUUCUGUUUAACUUCAUCUAUCUGGCCUCUUGCUAGAAACGCCAGAUAAAAUAAAAGACCAUUUGAAUAAA